GCAUUCUUCUCCUGCCGCUGGUGGUGGGUCGAAGCAAGGGGCUGGGGUACGCGACACUGUGCUGGAGGACUCUGACGAGGACUGUGACGAAUUUGUGUCAGCUACCAGUGACAUGUGGCCAUCGGUACAGCCGGUCUCGGCGUAUGGCGAACUGGCGGCGAAGCAGUCUAGAACGGCGGCUUCGGGAUACGGAGCCUAUCCACCACCGUCAGCAGCAACAAGAGCACCAGCCACGACGCAACAGCAUGGCUGGUGCUGGUGGUGUUGUUACCCAGCAACCAGUACCGUCUCAGCAGCCGUGGCAGCAGCCUGGACGCACAGCAGCAGCACAAGAUCUUCCUUUGCGAUCUCAGCCGCAGCCUAGCCGCUCAUCUAAAACACAACAGGAGGGUAUGGCGACAAAGGAGGAGGAUAUGUUCUUGGUGCAAUGUGUUGCUAAUAAUGUGGUUGUGCUGCUGCUGGAGGAAGACCCUUCACAAACAUCUAUGACCAAGCUGUCUCAAGACUACUUCUGGCGUAUGCGAGAUAUGCCUGCAGAGGACCUUGACGGCAUACUCCGCCAGUCUGCCGGUGCAUUCCCACAUGUUGUGUGCAGUGGCUGUUGCAACUAUGACCAUAUUGGGCUGAUAAUGGAGAAGACCUCCUGCGACUUCACUCGUUCUCAGUCCAAGGCUGGCAGCGUGACGGGUGCUGUGUUGAAGAACCGUGCCCUAGUGCUGUACGAGUGUCUGUACGGUCGCAGUGACUCCGCUCACGCUGCUCACUCUAGUGCUGCUGCUGCUGCUGCUGCUGCUUCUGCUGCCCCGGGCCAGCCUGAGAUCACACGGCUGCUAGGCAGCGCUCCACCGGUUAGCCAGGGAGUGGAUAACGAGGAAUACAGCACCUACAUCAAUGUAGAAAUGAGAAAGAUACCCUCGAAGCCAUCAUCAGCGAGCAUCGAUUGCGAUUUCAAGCGAGUGUACGUUGGUGCGGAUAUCACACUUGCGUAUCGCCUGCGUCACCUGCUGAAGGCCAUGCCGUCUGACAAUGCGGGCACCUCGGCAAGGCGGUCUGCCAGCGAUGCCCCACAGCAGGACACUCGGGAGGCAGAAAAACUGUAUGCGGAGAUGUAUAACAAAGCUAUGGAGGGAAGCAGCCAAUCCUUGUAUUCACUGACUGUGAAUUGCAACCACCUCAAGUUGGCUGUGCGGUUUCCUAAAGCAGAUUUGCGGCCAGCGGAUGAGAGAGACGCGGACGCGCGGCAACCCGAGUCGCUGCUGAUUUACGCCGACGAGUGCCACUUCUCGACCGAACACACUGCACUGUCGUCCGAGAAGGUCUCCACGUUCAACUUGAAGUUUGAGAAAAUCUCGGGUUACAUGAUGGAUGGUGUAGAUGCCAGUGCGAGGACUCUCUUCAUGGAGUGCCUGCCUGCAGCUGGCACCAUGGCUUUGGAACAGCUGCACGGCAUUGGUAUGCCUGCUACACCUGAGAUGACCAUAACUCAGGUCACGUUUGAUCCAGCCUGGUGUGGAGAUAGUCCCGAAGCACCCGUAUCACCAUGCGUCGGAGAUGAUGAGAUGCUGGACGGCAUACAGUUUGAGAAGUCCACUGCUGCACCAUCACCCUUUACACACUCCGCAUCAUAUGAAGUGUUGCCCGACAAAAUGGCUGACAUGGGACGUGGAGUUCAGGAUGACGCUAAGCAUGAAAAGCAGGUGUACCCAGGAAAUGAUUCCGAACUGAAAAAGUUUGAAGACUCGGCCAGGCAGAACUCCAAACUGGUUGUGUCUCUUUCGCUGCCACUGGUGUAUGUGCACCUCAAAAACAAACCCUUCCUGGAGCUACUCUACAACAGAGUUGUUAACGACCUGCUGAUGUGGGCGCCUCCGCCCGAAGAUAAUCUGAUUGAGUCAUUGGAUGAUAUUGUCCAACCGACUGCGUUCAUACCCAAUUUUCAACUGCCUUUUGAGGGAUUCAUUCCCUCCCGAGGGAUGGCAGAUAGCUUCUUCGUUGUUCCAGCUGACGUCGGCAUGGAGUCAGGUAUGCCGUCUCUUAAUUUGAAUAUGGGCUCAUUGCAAAUGCCACAAGUCCACCCUCACCGUCUAGACCAACAACGGAGCAACUCUCAGCGACAGCGGCCCCAUGGCCAGCCGAAUGUCACCAGGCAACAGGCCAGCACCGAUACUGGCAAGCACAACGAUCUCGCCCUCAUUUUGAAUAUUGGACAGGCGUGCCUGACUGCUUUCACCGGCGAAGGAGCAAAUAAGGAAGAGGAGAAAGACGCCAGUGCUGCUUCGAGUGAUGCAGGUAUGGAAAGUGACGCUUCUUCUCUACCAUCAGCAACAAACUUUCCGAGCUUUUCCAAUCAGCGCCAUGGUCAGUUCAAACUUGACCUCAAUCAACUGCAGAUCUGUGCUGUGACUGGUGUUGAUGGUAACGCUGACGCUAUCCAGUGUAGUAUUCAGUCUAAAGAAGCUGACCUGGCCCACUGUGCGUCUGUACCAGCCAAUCAAGACCUGUUCAUAGCGCUGUCCAGAUCCCUUCUUGAUGCCACAAGCUGCAAGUAUUUGAAAAAUGUUGUGAAAGCAUCUGGCAUUGGUGAUGCGGAUGGUGCUACCAGUGCAGGUGGACAGCGGAGGGGUAAACAACAGGAUCAAGAGAAGUUCAACACGAACGGCUUGUCAGUGGCUAUUGGACUGGAUAAGGAUGUUGAGCGUGGCCUCAAGACCUAUCAAGCAUCCAUUCUGUUCCACAAUGUGCUGUACACGCACCGCAUGGCACCAGACACCGAACCAUUCUGGCUUGGUCAGGCACGCGAUUUCAUCUCCAUGACAGAUCAGGUUAUUCCCGGCUAUGAGUGGCCCAAGGCACAGACCAACUUCUGCUUACACUUCCGACAGGCUGCUAUCCUCUAUCGGCCAUUGCACUUGUCCCUGGCAGUUGCCUUGACUUGCAAGAUGUUUUCACUGGCUUGCAGUGUGGUGGACCAGUCUAAAACAACCCUCUUGAGUAUUUUUGGCACUGAUCUUCGUCUGCACCUGUCUAACAAUGCCGAAGACCGUAACAUCAAGAGAGAUUUCAUCUGUCUUGCUUGCCUGAGAAAUAUUCUUCUGCGCUGGAGUAUGGACGACAGCGAGUUGCCCGUGGUGCGCGACCACCGACUCAUGGAUUUCACGGUGCUGCGGCACGUUGAUUCGGCGCUUCAUGAAGCCACCACCACCGCCGCCGGCCAGGAUGCGGAGAAGAGGAAUGUGACGCUGAGCCGUAUCACCUUCACCAGCUCUCUGCUGAUGAUCAGUGUGUGCGCCGAUUCAUGCAAAGCCAUGGUUGAGCUCAUCACCUACGUGGCAGGCGACGGGGACAUGCAAAACUCAGCUGAAGAGUCAGCAAUGGUUGCAGGCACACCUGCAGGCUCUGCAGGUAGUAGUAGGAGAGGCAGUCUCAGUAGCUGCAGCGGCAGUGGUAGCUCUGGAAGCUGUGGCUUCGCUCGGAGUGGUGCGAAUGCGGACAGCGACGGCACUGCUCCUCGUCCUCACCCACGUCCUCAUUCCUGCGCUCUACAGACUAGCAGUCAAGAGCAAGAACGCUGUGCAGUUCCUUCUCCACAACAAUACUUCACCGCGUCACCGUCCACCACCAGUGCCACUGGCAGCGGCUCCAUCGCCAUGUCCUCCCCGUCACCAACCUGGAGUGCCUCGCCCAGCUUACUUACCAGCGCCAUUGAUGAACCUGCUACUGCUACUUUUGCUGCUGCUGCUGCUGCUACUGGUUUUGAUUCUGACGAGGAAGAUAACCGAGCCUUUGAGGCAAAGAUCCGACGUGAAAUUGAGGCUAACCUUGCCGCGGAUGAGUUUUUAUCGGAUUCAGAGAAUGAACAACGCGUAAAGGAAGCCGUAGCGAAACACAAAGCCGCUAAGCGCUCUAAGAAGAAGUCCAAGCGUCGCCCUGUGGCAACAGUCAAGCCUCAACGAUCCAGUGUUGCUGACGCUCUUAGUGAUGCAAUGGGAGAUCUUUGGGGUGGCAAUAGUUCAACAACGUCUGCAGUUACCAGUAGUGUUUCUCAGGUGCUUUCUUCAGAUGAGAGCUCUGAAGAUGACUGGGAGGUUGUGGACACCGCCAAGUACCCUUCACGGCCUAUCGGCUGUGCUAUCAGGGACACGCGAGCAAGUGGCGGUGGUCUGGAAGAGCUUCCUCCUUCUGCUCCCCUUCCCGAUUGUUUUAACUUUCCCGGCAAGCCGGACUUCUUCGUCAGCAAGCCUGGGCCAUCAGACGCACUGGACCCAACAUUUCAAGCACGUUACGGCACACCGGUGUCCCGUAUCGAGCUGGCUAGCCUCAACCUCAAUAUACAAAUAGUCGGCGGCGAGGAUUUCCCGGACAAGAGGGAGACCACUGAGAGAGAGAGAACCACUCGCACUCGACCAGUUGCAGUAGCCACAGUGCGGCCGUCAGCAAGGCCACACCACCGUCUUCGUGCCGAUUUUCCUGUCAAUGAUAUCUGGAAAAGCCAACAGCUCAAGUUUGGUGGCUCCGGUCGAAAGAAGGAUAUGGUCGAAGUGGAACUGAAGAUGUUGCGCUUCAAGUUUGAGGAAUUCCCAGACUGGGCAAAGUUUAGCAGCAGGCUGGCAGUCGUUGUGGCCGAUAUUGAAGUUCGAGAUCGCGUGACAACUUCCAAGAUGAACAAGUUCAUGUACCGAUACGUCACUGACCCCUACAUGCUCAAGGCACUGCCUGAAACGGUGAUCUUCAAGAAGGUUACCGCUGCUGUGGUUCCAACAGACGGUGGUGGUAGUGGGGAGGUGACUGAGGAGGAUGAAGUCUCUGUUGUCAUUCAGCCGCUACGCUUCAACAUUGACCAGGACUGCAUGAUGUUCAUCAAAGACUUUUUCGACUACCUAAGUGCAAGUGCUGAUCAAGGUACAGGCAAUGAUGCUGCAGUCAGAUCUCGGAGCGGUAGCACUGCGUCGGCAAGCGGUACACCACCGAGAGCUCGGCGUAGUCAUGAAAGUUCUCCGCAGUCGUCCGCGUCUGGUGAGGCGGCGGCAAUGGCGCACCGUGCAGCGCUGAUCCGUGAUGCUGCCAAUGCUACAGCUGCUGCUGCUGCUGCUCCUGCUACUGCCAAGAGACAAGAAGGCACGGCGAGUUUAUCACGCACAACAUCCUCAACAGGUCUGCCAAGACAGCCAUCCAGCCGCAGGAUCAAGAAAUUUACACUCGCGCCGACGUAUGUUAUGGUUGAUUAUGAUGGCAACCGAUCGGGAAAGACAGGUAGUGCUACAAGCUUUGUCCUUUCUCUCGCUGAGCUUAACAAGGCCAAGAUUGUUAUCCCUGCCCAAAAGCAUGAAUCAGUGACUGAUUACAAUGAGUUGGUGCAGUCGGUGCUGAAAUGGAUCCACGCCGACAUUGUGCGUAACCAGGUGCCAGGCAUUGUCGCUCACAUCAGCCUGUUGCAUCAAUUCAGGCAGCUGUUUCAAGGUGUCUAUGAUCUGCUGCUGAUGCCGAUUCAGCAGUACAAGCGCGAUGGCCGUAUCCUAAUGGGACUUCAGCGCGGUGCUUCCUCAUUCACCCUGCUGACAUUUGUCUCCACCAUGGAACUAUCAAGUCGUUUUAUGCAGUCGGUACAGGUGCUGGCUGAGACCAUGUAUGACGUUGUCACACCGUCAGCUGUUCAGGAGUUGGAGAGGCAGCCUGGAGAGUUCCGAGCUCACCGUAAUGCUGCCCAGCCAGCCGACCUCAGAGAGGCGGUGGUCAGUGCAGCUACCGAACUCCGCACGGGCUUUGUGGACAGUGCUCAGAACUUCAUAAGUGCCGCUCAGACGGAGUACCGUGCCAAGGGAACGUCCGGAGCAGUAGGCGGUGCUGUUCGCCAGAUUGCCAGCUCCACGCUACGGCCAGUGGUGAGCAGUGCCAAGGCUGCCAACACCAUGCUGCAGGGGGCCAGGAACCACGUCUUGCCGGACGAGUUCCGUGAAUCUGAGGAUAAGUACCGCCGUACGGCCGAUUAGGACGACAUCCCCGCUGUCUUGGUGGUGCUGGUGGUGCUGAUGGACUCCCCUAUCCACUACUGAGUGCCCCAUACUGAUAAGGUGUGUCUGUGACUUCUGAUUACUCUCAGCGGAUUGCUCCUGCUACUGACUACUGACUACUGAUCACUCUCAGCUGAAUGUCCGGAAACAGCACCAGUGCUUUUCAAUGUGCCAUUUUUAUACAUUAAUUUUUACGUUUGGUUGGGUACGGAUACGGCCACUCGCGAAACAACAAGACAUGGUGUGACUGCCACUUGUCCCAGGGCCAUGUACAUAUACCAAGGUACUGCCCGGUACUACACAUUCUUACCAACCCUACUCCCCGGCAGGUCACAGACAACUGCCAAGCGUUCAUGUAAAUAUUCAUUAGCCCCAGCAUGGCGGUGGUGCAUUAUCCUAGCUAACUUAUCGAGUUCCUGGCGCCACCCCUGUGUACAUAGACCAGGCCUGCUCUCUGGUGCUGUCAGUGUACAUAAGCCAGACCAAAUGCACAGUCUGGGGAUUCUCUUCAUUCUUAUCGCCCCGUGCAUUGUGCAUUGUAUUGUGUGUGCAACCGUUAGUACUUACCAACAUGUUGAAAAGAUAUCCGCCGCCUUGCCGUAGGAAACGAAUAAACCAAAAACAAAAUGACGACGCUAUGCAGCGUCACACUGCUGCUGUACACGCGUAGCGUAAAUAGAUCGAUCGUUUAGGCUAUUCUGUGUUCUUUACUCGCGAUAUUGCUGCCAAUAGAUUGCUGGCCGCCAUUAUUCGUUUUGCCAUCAUCUGUACUAGCGUUCUCUAUCGCUGUCUCUCUAUCUAUCGCUCUCUCUCUCUCUUUUUAACCAACUCACUCUCAGCAUGGCUUGUUUGCAUUGACCACAGGAGCUUUUGAUAUACUGUCCGCAUACCGUUUAUGUACCAUUUUAUGACUAGAUUUGAUCUUUCUGAAAAGUACUCUAUUCUACAAACAAUAUCAAGUCUAUCUUUUCUCUCUCUCUCUCUCUCUCUCUCUCUUUCUCUCUUUCUCUGUCACAAUAUUUGUGAAUAUAGAUAGCAAUUGGCCUCUGCUGCUUGCUUGUAUAGGUGCAUUCUGUGUUUACUGUCCCCUGAAUGCCUGAAUGUUGACUGCGUGCUGGCAUUUCGUCAUCCAUUCUUUCGUUGAGCACCGCGGCGUAUUGCUGGUGUGUCUGAUUGUUGUAGGCACCGCGCUCUCCCCAAGUUCUUUAGCAACGUCCCUUGUGGAGUUGAAGCUGUGCUGGCCACUGGUUUGUUUAGCGUCCUCUUUUUACUAGUAUUGUUAGUGGUUGUCGUGCAGUGCAGUACUGUAUUGGUUUUGUUUCUCCCCAGCUCAAACACUCAUCUUUCUUCUUCACUUUGCUCGAACUUGAGUUGUUGAUGUUAUACCAAAAGCGCCUAUGGUCAUAACUAACAUAAUUAUGCUGUUGAGAGCUUGCUUUGA